GACUGUGGGAAGAGAUUCACCUCCCCAUCAGGCAUUAAAAUUCAUCAGAGAAUCCACACAGGAGAGAAACCUUUUAGCUGUACUCAAUGUGGGAAGAGUUUUACUCAAUCAACCAGCCUGAUAUCACACCAGAGAACUCACACAGGAGAGAAACCUUAUAACUGUGCUCAAUGUGGGAAGAGUUUUACUAGGUCAACUGGCCUGAUAUCACACCAGAGAACACACACAGGAGAGAAACCUUAUAGCUGUGAUGAAUGUGGGAAGAGUUUUAGUUUUGUUACAUCUAACAGUCUGACUAAACACCAGAGAACACACACAGGAGAGAAAUCUUAUAGAUGUGAUGAAUGUGGGAAGAGUUAUGUUACAUCUAGCUGUCUGACUAAACACCGGAGAACACACACAGGAGAGAAACCUUAUAGCUGUGCUCAAUGUGGGAAGAGCUUUAAUGAGAAAAGCUGUCUGACUAAACACCAGAGAACACACACAGGAGAGAAGCCUUUUAGCUGUAAUCAAUGUGGGAAGAGUUUUACUCAGUCAGCCAGCCUGAUAUCACACCAUAGAACACACACAGGAGAGAAACCUUAUACCUGUGCUCAAUGUGGGAAGAGUUUUACUCAGUCAACCAGCCUGAUGUCACACCAGAGAAAACACACACAGGAGAGAAAUCUUAUAGCUGUGCUCAAUGUGGGAAGAGUUUUACUAUGUCUAACAAGCGGACUUCACACCAUAUAACACAUACAGGAGAAACCUCAGCUGUGAUCAGUGUGACCAGAGAUAAUCUGAUAAAAUACCUCAAUCAAUGAAAUAAUGUCACAAUGUAGAAUGUUUUAACAUUGUAGUAGGAGUAUUUUAAUGAUGUCAUAAUGUUG